AUUCGCCCCAUUUCAUUGUGGCGAGGGAUGCUCCGCACCUUCCUCCGACGAGGUGGCCGCGGCGCUCGGCCCUACGCAACAUCGUCGCUCGCUUCCAAGGUAAAUGGUUCAGACGUUCCUCCCUUCCAUCGGUCGUCGCCCUCGUCGGCCAACUUCCCCAAACGACCAGCGGGGUACCAGUCGUCCCGCUCCAUGAACGACUCCAACCAUCGGACGGGGCACCAGCCCAAGUCCCACAAGCUCAAGAACGGACGCCCCGUGAUCACUGUCAUUGGUGUGGGUGGAGCAGGAAGCAAUGCUGUGAACAGCAUGAUCACGUCGCAGCUGGAAGGUGUCGACUUCGUCGUGGCGAACACGGAUUGUCAAGCGUUGGUGCGGUCGUUGACUCCUCGAAAGAUUACCCUCGGCAAAGAGCUCACGAAAGGACUUGGUGCAGGCUCCAAGCCGAGCCUGGGUAAAUCGGCUGCGGAGAUGAGUCGCGACGACAUUGUCGCGCAGUUGGAAGGUAGCAACAUGCUGUUCGUCACGGGCGGCAUGGGAGGAGGUACCUGCACAGGUGCAGCGCCCGUCAUCGCGAACAUUGCGCGGGAGAUGGGGAUUCUUACAGUGGCGGUGGUGUCGACACCAUUUCGUUCGGAAGGACCGAACAGGACGCGACUCGCGCUCCAGGGCCUCGCUGCGCUCUCACAAGCUGUGGACACGCUCAUUGUCGUGCCAAACCAGAACCUCCUGGCGCUCUCGGACCCUUCCACGACACUGGUCGAUGCUUUUCGCUACGCGGACGCCGUGCUGCUAGAAGGCGUGAAAGGAGUGACCGACUUGAUCGUGAAGCCGGGUCUGAUCAAUUUGGACUUUGCAGAUAUCAACACAAUCCUAUCCAAGGCCGGCCGCGCCAUGAUGGGGUCCGGGCAGGCAUGUGGAGCGAACCGUGCAGAGGAAGCCGCACAUGCUGCCAUGUCGACGCCCCUCCUGGGCGAUCUGCCCACCGAACACGCCACGGGGCUGCUCGUGACGAUCCGAGGAGGGGAAGACAUGACUCUGUACGAGGUGGACGCGAUCAUGGGAGUGAUUCGAGAAAAGGUGGCGGAAUCGGCGAAUGUCAUCUUUGGCACGUGCUACGACCCGUCGAUCGAAGGCAGCAUCCACGUGUCGGUGAUCGUGAGCGGAAUCAAGAUGGACCAGUUUACGCCCCCCGCGGGCAAAGUUCGCGUGCCCCCCACGGAAAUUGCAGCCGGCAGUGGCGGAGCAACGUCCACGAACGCAUCCAACGAACCAAGCAACCGCGGACUGUUUGGGUUUUUUAAGCUAUAAGCGUUGAAAAAGCCGUCGUCGUGCGGCAGUCCGCGAGGGGAAUCGCACCGACAAGCGACUCGCUUCUCGUCCCGGCGGUCACAACGUUGAC